GCUCGAUACUGUCUUGUAUGAAUUUCCAGUGUUAUUAUUGUUAAAAAAGUAAGCUCUUCUAAGUUAAAGGAUUUUUUUACCUUAUUGCCCUAAUGGAAACCUCUACAAAUCAUAGACCAGCAACGACUGAAACCUUUGGCGGCGGUGAGAAGAAUUAUUUACGAACUUUUAAUAAUUCGUUGGGAGCGGCUGACUACACUUCUGGCGAUCUUGACGAUUUUGAGUCUCGGCCACGUCAUAAGCCCCGAACAGUGUCUAGUAGGAACCUCUCGCCUGAGAACAACUAUCCUGACACUGAAACUCGUGUAUGGGAUCGAGAUAGGAACGAUUCUUCAAUAGAGCAUAGGAACCGCCAUUGUAGCGAAAAAGGAAGAAACCGCGACAGGAAUAAAGAUAGAGAACGCGAUGGUUUUUAUAAAGAGCACCGAACAGACCGAAACCGGUCGCCCAGGGAAAGGUACAGCUCUCACGAAAAGACACGGGACUCCUCGAGAUAUCACGAUAGACGCGAUGAAAGAAGAUCUUGUGAAUUGAAAUAUAAAAAGGAGCCGCCGAUUCCCUCGCAUGUAGUGAUGUUGAAGGGGUUGAGUACUCGAACUACUGAAGAUGACAUAAGAGCCAUUAUUGCCACCAAUUUAUAUUCUCUUGAGGAUGUCCGCGUUAUUAGAGAUCGCAUAACAGGUGAAUCGAGGGGCUUUGCUUUCGCGGAUUUUAGUACCGUUGAAAAUGCAAAGAAGUGGAUAGAAGAUAAUCAAGGGUCCAUCCGUAUCGAUGGGGUUUCGGUCCGCAUUGAGUUUAGUAAAAGCGUUGAGCGAAGAGAUGAAGAUUGGAUGUGUUUUAGAUGUAAAACUACUAAUUUUAAGCGCCGAGAAUUUUGUUUUAGUUGCUCAGCUCCUAAAGAUUUAGAACAAGUCAUACCACUUAACGAUGGAGAGAUUGAUAUCGGAGUCAAUGAAAACAACAUUUUGUUAAUUCGUGGUUUGACUAAAAACACAACCGCUGAAGAUAUUAGCGUCAUUUCUAUACGCUUUGGCAUCGGCAUUAGAGACAUUCGACUUAUUAAAGAUAAAAAAACUGACCAAAGUCAGGGCUUUGCGUUUUUCUUUUUUGAUUCAGUCGAGCUGGCCAAACAGUUUCUGUUGAAAACUAAUGGCCAAAUGUCUUUGGAUGGGCAGACUUGCGCUAUUACUUUUGCAUCUGAGCAGUCUUUUGUUACGCAGCAGCUGUUAGGUGCCGCAGCAGCCGCAGCAGCCAUGUGCGCCGCGCAGACGGCUAAGGCAGUAAUUCCUGGCCCUUGGUACAGAGACGAGGCUUUGUAUGCUGAUUCCAUUGCUACUUACCUGGAGGCGCAGCAACGGCAGCUGACGCCUUCUCCAGAGAUGCCUCCACUUUUUCCUGCCCCCGACAUCCGCGUUGACCCCAAUACUGGAUACAGCUAUGAAGCCCGAACGGGGUUUUACUACGAUCCGCUUUCUCAGUACUUUUAUAACUCUCAAAGCCAGACAUAUCUCUACUACGAUGCUGUGUCGUACAAGUACGUGGCGGUUUCCUCUGCUCUUCCCACCAAUCAAUCGGAGACAGCUUCUGAGACGCCGGACGGUGGGGCCCUCCAGACCGACACUGAAGGAGGAGUGCUUGUUCAAGCCUCUCAGCCGCAGGAGAUGAGUGCCGUCCCCGACUCCAAAAAAGUUGUGGAUGAUAUUAAGAAGUGGGAAAAGCAGCAGAGAAAACUAAAAAAGAAGAUUGAGAAAGAAAAACUUCGCCAGCAGCAGCAGCAGCAACAGCAGCAACAGCCGGCAAGCGAGGCCUCCUUACCCUUCUCCGCGCAACACUCGCUCACUUCCCCGUCUGCCAACGUGGCGUCUUCUGUGGAGGGUAAUUCCCACCCCUACACUCUGUCAACGCUCGCAGCUGGAGCUGUGGAGCCCUUAGCACAAGUCUCUGCGGCAGAUGCGCCUGACUUUGAGCUUCGAGCGGAGAUUAUCGAGCAGCUCCACGCGUUGUAUCUGAACUUUGAUCUCCUGCAGUGCUUACUCUGCCAGAAGAAACUUAAAACAGCCGACCUCUUGCGUAAGCAUGCCUCUAUGUCGAAGCUCCAUUUGAGCAAUCUGGAGCCCAAAGUUACUGAGAUGUAUGCCGAGUUUCAAGUCACCAAUCGCCAGAAGGAGGGCUACAGGGACCGCGCCGCAGAAAGGCGGAUGAUCUUUGGGCAGCCUGCGCAUCCCGUUCGCACAUAUCCUCGUCGCGUUUCGGGAGGGCACAAGGUCUCUACUGCCGGAAAAAAGAAGUCACCCGAGACGGAACUUCAGACGACAAGUAAGGCGCUAGACGAAACCAAUAAGGGGAACAAAAUGCUUAGAAGUAUGGGCUGGGUCGAGGGCACCGGUCUGGGCAAGCGGGGGCAGGGCAUCACUAUCCCCAUCGAGGCUACCGUGCUUUCGCAGGGGGUCGGCUUGGGCAGUGCUAGUCUCAGCUACGGCAUUUCAGUGUCCGACUCGUACCACGAAAAGGCAAAAAAGAUUUCGAGGGCGCGAUAUGAAGCUCUGCAAUGAAGGAAAACAGGCGCGUUAUCUUUCGUUUCGCGCCAGCAUCGACACAGAAAAUUUAUUUUUAAUAAAAAAUG